CUCCCGUUGCCGCCGCCUCCGCCGCAGCCGCCGCCGCCACCGCUGCCGCUGCCGCUUCCCGCGGCCUGGGCCUCCCGCCGCCAGCAUGCCGCACGCCUUCAAGCCCGGGGACUUGGUGUUCGCCAAGAUGAAGGGCUACCCGCACUGGCCGGCCCGGAUUGAUGACAUCGCUGAUGGUGCUGUGAAGCCCCCACCCAACAAGUACCCCAUCUUCUUCUUUGGUACACACGAAACAGCCUUCCUGGGACCCAAGGACCUGUUUCCUUAUGACAAGUGUAAGGAUAAGUACGGAAAACCCAACAAGAGGAAAGGCUUCAAUGAGGGCCUGUGGGAGAUCCAGAACAACCCCCACGCCAGCUACAGCGCCCCUCUGCCGGUGAGCUCCUCCGACAGCGAGGCCCCUGAAGCGGACCCAGCAGGUGGCAGUGAGGACGAUGAGGACCGGGGGGUCAUGGCCGUCACAGCCGUGACCACCGCAGCCGCCAGCGACAGGAUGGAGAGCGACUCGGACUCGGACAAGAGCAGUGAUAACAGCGGCCUGAAGCGGAAGGCGGUGGCCUUGAAGAUGUCGGUCUCAAAACGAGCUCGAAAGGCCUCCAGUGACCUGGAUCAAGCCAGCAUGUCUCCAUCCGAGGAGGAGAACUCGGAAAGCUCCUCCGAGUCAGAGAAGACCAGUGACCAGGACUUCACGCCCGAGAAGAAAGCCGUGGUCCGGGCCCCGCGGCGGGGCCCCCUUCCAGGACGGAAGAAAAAGAAGGCGCCCUCAGCUUCCGACUCGGACUCCAAAGCAGAAUCGGACGGGGCCAAGGCUGAGCCGGUGCCCGUGGCGCGGUCGGCGUCGUCCUCCUCCUCGUCCCCCUCCUCCUCCUCCUCCGACUCAGACGUGUCCGUCAAGAAGCCUCCUCGGGGCAGGAAGCCAGCUGAGAAGCCGCCCCCCAAGCCCCGCGGGCGGAAGCCGAAGCCUGAGCGGCCGCCGAGCAGCUCAAGCAGCGACAGCGACAGCGACGAGGUGGACCGCAUCAGCGAGUGGAAGCGCCGCGACGAGGAGCGCCGGCGCGAGCUGGAGGCGCGGCGGCGCCGGGAGCAGGAGGAGGAGCUGCGGCGGCUGCGGGAGCAAGAGAAGGAGGAGAAGGAGCGGCGGCGCGAGCGCGAUCGCGGGGAGGUGGCGCCCGGGGGCAGCGCGGGCAGCAGCGGCGACGAGCUCAAGGACGACGACGAGCCCGUCAAGAAGCGGGGCCGGAAGGGCCGGAGCCGCGGCCCCCAGUCCUCCUCUGACUCGGAGCCCGAGGGCGAGCUGGACAGAGAGGUGAAGAAAUCAGCCAAGAAAUUGCACCCGCAAAGCACAGAGCCCGCGAGGAGACCCAGCCAGAAGGAGAAGAGAGGGCGCCCUGAGGAGAAACCCCGGGCCAGGUCCCCCCACAGGCCCCCGGCCCUCGCUGGGGACAUCGGUCAGGGGCCCUCUAAGGGCGCUACUCUCCACAGGCCUGCGAAGGUGGAACGGACCCGGAAGCGCUCAGAAGGGUUCACGCCAGACAGGAAGGUCGAGAAGAAGAAAGAACCUUCCGUGGAGGAGAAGCUUCAGAAGCUGCACAGCGAGAUCAAGUUCGCCCUGAAGGUUGACAAUCCGGAUGUGAAGAGGUGUCUGAAUGCAUUAGAGGAACUAGGGACCCUGCAGGUGACCUCACAGAUCCUCCAGAAGAACACAGACGUGGUGGCCACGUUGAAAAAGAUCCGCCGCUACAAGGCCAACAAGGAAGUGAUGGAGAAGGCCGCGGAGGUCUACACCCGGCUCAAGUCUCGGGUCCUGGGACCAAAGAUCGAGGCCAUCCAGAAGGCGACCAGGACUGGGGCGGAGAAGGAGAGGGCCGAGGUGGAGAAGGCCGAGGAGGCGCUGGCUGGAGAGGAGGCCCCCUCGGAGAGGGCGGAGGAGGAGGCGAGCGCUGAUCUCUCAGCCUCCGUGAAUGGCGAGGCCACGUCCCAGAAGGGGGAGGGCACGGAGGACAAGGAGCCGGAAGAAGGACAGAACUCAGAGGAGGGGCAGGGGGGCGGCUCCUCCGAAGAUCCGUUACCCGACGACAGCACGCGGGAGGGCCCCGACCUGGAUGGGCCCGGGAAGGAGCGGCAGGAGCGAGAGAGGCUGCGGGUGGACUCGGAGUCCCUGGACGACGAGGACAGCUGAGCCGGGCGGCCCGCGGCCAGGCCCUGCCGCCACGUGCCACCACCCCGAGGCCUACCCGGCUCCUUCCUGGCGCCCAGGGUGCGGAGAACUGUGGGGGAGACUCUGUGCUGUUCGUUUGUCCCCCUGGGUUUUUUUUCUGCCUAAUUUCUGUGAUUUCCAACCGACAUGAAAUGACUAUA